UGUUGCCUUUCAGGGUGAGUGAGGGUACGUGGGCGAGCAAGGCCUCACCCCAGCUGUGCUUGAGCACAGCCCUCAGUCCACUGCUGUCGCCCCAGGGACUUGCAUCGAACACCCCGGCAGUCCAGGCUUCCGCAGCAAUGAGUUGGUGGAGGGACAAUUUCUGGAUCCUCUUGGCUGUGGCCAUUAUCGUUGUCUCCUUGGUCCUGGGUCUCAUCCUGUACUUUGUCUGCAGGAGGCAGUUUAGACAAGGCAAGAAGUGGUCAAUUGCCAAGCCCUGGAAACCUGAUGGGAGAGACGAAGAGAAGAUGUACGAGUAAGUGGGGGAGAUCCCUGCUGUUCAGCUUAGGGAGCCGCCCUUUCCUGGCGCUUUAGCCCCACAGGAAGUGCCAAGUCAGCCACUAGCUUGGUACUCAUCAGUGAGGAAAGAUAGAAACAAGAAGGUCUUUUCCAUCUCGGGCUCCGAAAACGACUACGAAGAUGUUGAGAUCCCAGCAGGCGCCGAAAACCAGCAAUCUAAAACAACCAUGCCUUCUUGGCAAGCUGAAAAGGGCUUACACAGCUCAUUUUAGAAUAAUCUAGAAUGGCUGGACUGUAACACAGGCACUUCCCAAACCCCAGAGGAAGCCACCUACAUAGGAGCUACCGCAGAGGACAGGACAGUUUGACGUUCCCGAUGAUGCUCCAUGCGCCCUGCUGCUCCACACGCCCUGCUGCUCCAGAUGUUCAUGUUGUUUCUGAUACUCCAGAAGCUCUGGCCUGAGACUCAGAGGUCUAGCCCUUGCACUUCUCUGGAGGCUGUUUCCUUAGUGUGGGCCACUGGGCCUGUGAGCAUUGACUCAUUUUUCCACAUCCCCUUUUGUUCCCUUGGUAAAUGUGGGUCUGAGGGAUCUUAAGUCUUGGUAUUUGAGUGUGUGGAACCUCCCUAUCUAGACCAUGGCUUGGAUGCCUGCCUCCCUCCUUGCAGGCCCUGUCCACUCCCGCACCUCUUAGAGGCUGUGGCUUGUCAUUAUAGCUGAGGGUUCUUGGGGUACACAGGUCACCACACCCUGAGAGUCUGGAAGGAAAGGAAGUGUGUUUUGUUCUUGUGAAGCCACCCCACCCACUCUCACUCCAACACCCAGUACCUUCACAGAAUGUGGACCAAAUUCAUCAAAGAGAAUCGAGUUCUUACAGAAGCUUAUUUCAUGUGCUCCUGGACAGUAUUUUUAACAGUCCACAAAGGACACAAAUGGCCUUCUGACUUCCGCCUCCAGCUCUGCUGGCGGCGCCAGGAAAAGAAGGCUUCCCCAAAGUCUUCAGACAGCACCAGCCGGAAGCAGCUUAUUCAAGAUGAGAGUUCAGGGCUUAGCAUCCUUUCUGUAACUUAUUACAACUCUUAGUCCAUAUUGCUGUCCCUUCCAUCCCUACCUUUCCUGGGGUGUUAUCUCUCACCUUCCUCCAAGCGUUCCCGAGUGACGUCACCACCAUCCGCAGGACUCAGAGCCUCCUCCUCUGCCCUAAGGACUCCCCACUGCAGGCCCCAGCUGAGCACCCUCUACAGUUCCAGGCUGCAUAGCCUGCAGCUACGUCCGUCUGAUUAUCCCACAGGACCCUCAAGUCCAGCACAUUCCAUGGAGACGUACUCCCAGGCCCAGGCUUCUUGUGCUGGGUAACUUUCCCCAUGGCUGAGGGCAGAAAUCAGCAUCUUUUUUCACAUCCUUUAUUGCCAGCGAUCCCCACUUCCUGUGGACUACGCUGUUCCUUCACCACUCUGAGGUCAGCCAUGGCCAGCACUUCCCAAAGAGAACUCUAAGAGCCUCUAUUCAGUACCCUGCCUCUGGUGUCUCACACUCCAAAACCCUGUUUGGCAGCUGGUGAUUUUCUUAAGUAAACAUUCCCUCUUAAACACCUCACAAGAUUCGUCAGGACUUUGUUAUCUUUUUGCUCACCACCUCCUUGCAACCUCCACCCUGCCCAGUGUAUUUCCUUCAUUUGAAAAUACCUUUGCUAGCUGGGCGGUGGUGGCGCACGCCUUUAAUCCCAGCACUCGGGAGGCAGAGGCAGGUGGAUCUCUGUGAGUUUGAGGCCAGCCUGGUCUACAGAGUGAGUUACACAAAGAAACCCUGUCUUGAAAAACCAAAAAAAAAAAAAAAAAAAAAAAAGAAAGGAAGGAAGAAAGAAAGAAAAUACCUUUGCUACAGUCUCCCUUGCCCCUACUCUACGUGAUAUUCCUCCCCACCUUUGCUUCUUAAGCACCACUCCAUCCUCACCAUGCAACAUGUGGGCACUGCGCCAUCCUCCUCACUGUCCCGGGUGUAGUGGUGGCCUUCAUAGGUGUUUCCCCUCGAAACUCUGGCGUCUGUAAAGGUCUGCUCAGGGGUCUUGCAUUUCCAUUGGACCAAAGGUGACGUCAGAGAAGGGUGGGCUUUCUCUCCAUUGUUUUCCCUGUUCCUAGCACACCGCAGAUGGUCAAUGAGUAUGUCCAACGGUCAACUGGAUGAUGAAUUAACUCCUGCAGGUUUCCAUGAUUCUUUGGCCCUAGGUGAGGUUUCCUUCAUACAUGAUUGGACACUCUGUUCUUCCUAUUCUGGGGGCUUGUCGUGGUUUAAAACGUAAAGGGUCCCCCAUGGGCUUACAUGUUGAGUAUUUGUUCCCCAGCUGGGGGUGCUAUUUUGGGAGGGUCUGGCAGUGUUAGGGGGUGAGGGCUAGCUGAAGUAAAUGGUGGUUUUCAGGGUUGUAUUAUCAAGGACUGAGUUCUGUUGGGGCCCCCUCUUGUCUGUUUCUCUCGGGCCUUCUACUUCCGGUUACCCUAUAGUGAAGCAGCCUCUUCUGCCUGCUUACACAUCAUGCCAUUCGCCUCACAACAGGCCUAGAAACGCAAGCCGGGUGACCAUGUUCUGAACGCUCUAAAAUCACAAACCAAAAGAAAUCCUUUCUCCUCUAAGUUGUCCCCUCAAGUCUCUGGGUCACGGCGAUGUGCAAGCGACCAAUCCAAGGCUCCUUAGGGUAGGACUUGUGAGGAGAAUUUCUGUUUUCCCAGUGUCUAGAGCAAAUCCUGGCACGUAGAAAGCACUUCAAAAAUAUAUUUUUUGAAUGUUGAACACACAGGGAGAUGUAGCAAACAGCUUAAUUGCCAACAAAAAUAAAAUAAAAAUUUUGGACAUCUAUAAUUUUGU